UUAUCCAAUCAAUUUAGUAUAUCAAAUUAAAUUUUAAACGUCAAAUAAAAUUCUUUCCAAGGAAAUGUUAUCGCCGGCUUUUCAAUGCGCACAAUUUUGUAAAAACAUCAUUCAAGUCAACUCGUCAAUAUUCAAUUAUAAAAUACAACGUACGUGUUUUUUAACAAAAAUGACUACUCAAGCAAAGUGGAAGAUUGAGAAGAACCGUGUUCUAAAUUUACCAUUACAAGAAAAAAGAAAACUUUACAGAACUUGUGAAUAUAUUACGUUGGACAACAUUUACACUUGGUCUAAAUACGCUAAAGAAAAUGAGCAUAUAAAGACGAAACUGCAUACAGAAGAUGAUCAUAAUGAAAUGAAAAAAAUUAAUAUCAAUCAUGAUAAGAAUGCCUACCUUGCUGAGAAGGUAUCAAUUUUUAAGGGAGAUAUUACAAAAUUAGAGAUUGAUGCUAUUGUAAAUGCAGCCAAUUCACGUUUGAAAGCUGGUGGUGGUGUUGAUGGUGCUAUCCACCGUGCAGCAGGACCAUUACUACAGGAUGAAUGUAAUUCUCUUGGAGGUUGUCCCACAGGUCAAGCAAAAGCUACAAGUGGAUAUGAUUUGCCAGCUAAGUAUGUGAUUCACACAGUUGGGCCACAAGAUGGCUCUGCACCAAAACUUCAAUCAUGCUACGAACAUUGCCUUGCACUUAAAAGUGAAUGUCAUUUCAGUUCUAUAGCAUUCCCAUGUAUUUCGACUGGAAUUUAUGGUUUUCCGAAUCGUCUAGCGGCACAUAUUGCUCUAAGGACUGUACGGAAAUAUCUGGAAUCAGAUGACAAUAUGCAAAGGGUUAUUUUCUGCACUUUUAUGCCAAUAGAUGUGGACAUCUAUGAGACAUUAUUGCAAUUAUACUUCCCAGUUGAUUAAUAAAUAUUAUAACUACCUACAAGUUAAAAAGCAUGAAAUGCUUCCUUAAUUAUGAAAUGGUAUUGAUAUUGCAUGGGUUUGUGUAUAUUUAGAAGCAAUAAAGAAUGAUUUUUUUA